CACAGCAAAAUACCCGCGGCUAUUACCUUCCAAACCAAACAAAUUAGCACCAACUCAACCAACAAGUUCUCAGACAUACCAGGGGUAUCCGAAGUGCACCGGUGGUUUGCUAGCGUGGGUUAUAUUUUUGGGGGAAACGAGAUAGAGGCGUUUGACAAUCAGGAGCCGCCACAGGAGCUGCGGCUCCUUGAGGGCCAAACCACUGAAGGCAAACGGCGCGAGCGCCUGGUAGUUCUCGGAUCUGGAUGGGGCGCCGUGUCAAUCCUCAAGACGUUGAGGCCUGACACUUAUGACGUGACUGUGGUUUCUCCUGAUAAUUAUUUCAUCUUUACGCCGCUACUUCCCAGCGUGACUGUGGGCACAGUCGAGUUCAGGUCGGUGCUCGAGGCCAUUCGGCGAGUCAUCAAGCGAAUCCAAGGCUCUUAUAUCCAAGCGGCGGCUGUGGACAUUGACUUUGAGAAAAAAUACGUUUUGGUUGAGAGAGCCGGCGAAGCCUGCGCGUGGCUGCCAUACGACCGCCUGGUCGUUGGCGUUGGCGCACAAAGCAGCUCGUACGGCGUCAAGGGGCUUGAGUUCUGCCACCGGCUCAAGACCAUCAACGACGCACGUGGCAUGCGACAGCACAUUAUGGGUAACUUUGAGAAGGCUGUGCUGCCGACGACGCCUGUUGAAGAGAAGCAGCGAUUGCUGACGUUUGUUAUCUGUGGUGGCGGACCCACUGGGUGUGAGUUUGCGGCCGAGCUGCACGACUUUUUGUCAGAGGACCUGAAGCACUACUUUCCGCGCAGUAUCCAGGAGAUGGUGCGCGUUAUCAUUGUGCAGUCGCAGGACCACAUCCUCAACAUGAUGGACUCUGUGAUUAGCGAGUUUGCCGAGAACGAGUUUUCACGGCACAACAUCACCGUGCUCACUAAUUCGCGCGUGAAGCAUGUCACGGAGAACAGCCUGGUGUACACGACCAAGCGUGCGGACGGCACACUGGAGGACCACGAGAUUAUGCAAGGAUUUUGGCAGAACAAUAAACACGCAAUUACGGUCGACGACCAUCUGCGUGUCAAGGGAGUUCCUGACGGCUCCGCGUAUGCGCUGGGCGAUUGUGCCACGGUCGAGUUUCCGCACCUGCUGUCGCACAUUAACGAACUUCGCACAGAAAUUACUCGCAAGGAAUUCCGCACAUUUAUCAAGGAUGCGGCAGUCAAGUUCCCCAGUGCUACCGGGCACCUUCAGUCGCUGGACCGCAACUUUGGGCUCUUUGACACCGAUGGCAAUGGCAGCAUUUCUCUCAGCGAGUUCAAAGGGAUGCUCGAGUUUGUCGACAGCAAGCUGACAGCGUUGCCGGCCCUGGCGCAGGUGGCCAGCCAGGAGGGCGUCUACUUGGCCCAUGCGCUGGACAUGCUGGCAUAUAGGUACAGGCGUGGCGAGUUGCCCAUUGUUAGCACUACCUCUGUCCCCACACCUGAGGAGCGAAGCGCAGCAGAAUAUGCAGUUGUGCCGCCGUUCUUGUACCAUCACAGAGGGACUUUGGCCUACUUGGGGCGCGCGGCUGCAGCAGACUUUGGCGAGGGACGUGCGUACCGCAGCAGCAAUUUGGUCGCAAAGUACCUGUGGCGCAGUGUGUACUGGAGCCAGCAAGUUUCGCUUCGCACGCGCAUCCUUUUGAUGAUGGACUGGUUCAAGGAGCUGGUUUUUGGUAGAGAUCUGUCAAAAUUUUGAGCGGACAUUACUUUUUUAUAUAAAACCAAGCUUUUUAAUAACUGGCGCAAGGUAUAAUACAAAGCCGCAUUCAAUGAGGUGAAAGUAAAUAUUUAAAAAGCUCAGUAAAUGGCUGAUAUUCUUUGUCG